AUGGUGUCUCUCCUCAGCUUGCUCACCCUCGCGCCCGCGGCGGUCUCGGCCUUCUCCAUCGGCCGGGCAGGACCGGGCACCGGCAUCCGACCGGGAGGCCCGUUCUUCGGCGGCCACGACAUCACACAGAGAGCCACGGACUGCCGCUGCUUCCCCGGCGAAGAAUGCUGGCCGACGGCGGCCGAGUGGUCGGCCUUCAACACCACAGUCGGCGGCCGCCUCAUCGCCACGAUCCCCAUCGGCGCCGUCUGCCACGACAGCACCUUUGGCGCCUACGACGAGGCCAAGUGCACAGCCCUGCAGAACAGCUGGUCCGCCUCCGAGACGCACAUCCAGACCUCGUCGUCCGUCAUGGCUGCCUUCUUUGCCAACCAGAGCUGCGACCCGUUCCUCGCCAAGACGGACCGCUGCGUCAUCGGCACCUACGUCCAGUACGCCGUCAAGGCCGCCAGCGCCGACGACUACGCAAAGACGAUCCGCUUCGCGCAGGACUACAACAUCCGCCUCGUCAUCCGCAACACGGGCCACGACUACCUCGGCAAGUCCACCGGUGCCGGCGCCCUCGCGCUCUGGACGCAUCACCUCAAGGACAUUAGCGUGCUCGACUACAAGUCCACGGCGUACACGGGCAAGGCGCUCAAGCUCGGCGCCGGCGUCCAGGCCGGCGAGGCCCAGUCCGCUGCGCACGCCCAGGGACUCGUAGUCGUGGGCGGUAACAGCCCUACCGUCGGCAUCGCGGGAGGCUACACGCAGGGCGGCGGCCACGGGCCCCUCGUCUCAAAGUACGGACUCGCGGCCGACCAGGUGCUUGAGUGGGAGGUCGUCACCUCCGGCGGCAAGACACUCGUCGCGACUCCGACCUCCAACUCGGACCUUUACUGGGCGCUUUCCGGUGGCGGUGGCGGCGUCUACGCUGCCGUCUUGUCCAUGACCGUCAAGGCCUACGCCGACACCAUUGUCUCGUCGGCCAACCUGACUUUCACCAACUCUGGCGUCACGGACGAUGUGUUUUACGGCGCGGUGACGACCUACCUCAAGACCCUCCCUGACAUUGUCGACGCCGGUGCCGUCAGCAUCUGGCUCCUCGCCUCGGGUGUUUUCCAGAUGCAGCCUACGACUCUGCCCAACAAGACUAAGGAGGAGCUCCAGGUUCUGCUGCAGCCUACCCUCGACGCUCUCGAUACUGCCGGUAUCACCUAUGACUUCAACAUUGGCCAGUACACCAACUUCCUCGACAGCUACAACGACAUGAACCCGGAGCCCGCUGUGACCGAGUUCAACAUCGGCGGCCGUCUCAUGCCCCGCACCCUCGUCGCCGACGACGCCUCCGCGGCCAGCCUCAUGACCGCGCUCAGAAGCAUCCUGGACAACGGCGGCAUCAUCUCGGGUCUCACCAUCAACGUCGCCCGCGCCGCCAACGCCGUCGCCAACUCUGUCAACCCGGCCUGGCGCACCGCCCUCUUCUCCGCCGUCGUCGGAACUGCCUACAGCCGCACCGACUUCUCGACCCUCGUCUCGGGCCAGACCACGGUCACGGACACGCUCAUCCCUGCCCUCAAGGCGCUGACGCCCGGCGGCGGCGCGUACCUCAACGAGGCGGACCGCAACGAGGUCGACUUCCAGUCCACGUUCUACGGCAGCGCAAACUACGCCAAGCUCAAGGCAAUCAAGAAGCUCUACGACCCUUGCAGCACGUUUUACGCUCUGACGGGUGUCGGCAGCGAUGAUUGGGAGGUGCAGGGCGACGGCCGCCUCUGCAAGGCUGCGUGA